UAAACGUGGACAGGCGUAUUCCAAAUGACGAAAUUUGUUUCAAAUGUGUAGUCUUCCUGGUGUUACACAUUGCACGGUCUUAUUUUGAAGAUGUUAUUUCAUAUUUGUUCAAAUUAUAAUAUUCAAAUAUAACUAGUUACCACACGGUAUCUAACUUCCGGCUAAGAGCAUACAAUAAUAUAAUUUUCCAAAAUGGCUGUCAUUGUUAAAGCCCGCCUUGUAAUUAGAAAUAUCUAAGGCAUAAUGCGGAGCAUCCACAAUGUUGCCAAAUCACCGGAGUAUACAUUUAGUAUGGAUUUUCCACUUUCCCUCGCGACGACUAGUGCAAGGUCGAUAUUUCCAAUUGUUUGCUUCCAAGCGCCUAAAGAUCGUGUGCGGCAACGCCGCGGAUUUGGAAAGUUGGAAAUGCGACUGCGUCACUCCAUUCACAUUAGUUAAAUGUUUCAACUCCGUAACGUGGUUAGUCUGUAAAACAUAAAAAUUAUAUUACGAUUAUAACAAUCGCGCUUGGAAAUGCGGGUUAAGAUAUCUAUAUAGCGAACGUGUGUGUUCAUUAUUAAUUUUUUGUAAAUGCGUACAAACACACGAGAAUUCUGUAAUCUAGAAGCCACACGAGUAUCCGCUAGGCUCCGGCAUCGCCAUUUGUCAAAAAGUUAGCACGGCUUAAUUUUAUCAAAAUCUUGUAUAUGGUCUUCAAAACGUGUGAAACUAAUUUCCAAAAUGAGCCUCAGGUUUAGUCCGCCAUCUAGAAACAUGAGCAUUUCUCCCGAGCCCUACGUUAGAAGAGGACGCUCAAGCUCAAGAUCCCCUCAUCAUGGCCGCAAAUACAACGGCUACAACAAAAGAAAUCACCACCAUGAUCACUUUGAAGAUAGAGGAAGGCAUGAUAGUGAUUACGAUAGUGACAAGGAAUACAGAAGGGAUCGUGACGGCGGAUAUGAAUUUGAGAGGCGAUCAAGAUCUCGUAGCCCAGACUAUGACCAUAGGGAUAGAGAAAGAGAAAGAGGAAGCAGACAUUAUAGAGGGCGAGAAAGAGAUAGAGAACACCAUAGGUCGCGUAGGCGAUCUAGAAGUAAUUCUAGAUGGGAACGACAUUCUCCAGACAGAAAAGUUCGUGACAAAGACAAAUAUUGUGACGAUGAUAGGGACAGUGAUAGUGAACGAAGUCCAACUGGAGGCCUGAUUGGUGCGAGUGGAUCUGAAAUUAUCGGGUACAAAAGUCAGCCACCUAACAAUACUAUAAUGAUUAGAGGAUUAGCUCAACAUAUCACCGAGAAUGAUAUUCGUCAAGAUAUAAUCCAAGGCAAACUGAUGCCAAAAGACAUUAGACUAAUCAGGAAAAAAGACACAGGUGCAUCACGCGGUUUCGCCUUUGUCGAGUUUGCCACUGUGAAUGAAGCUGUGCGUUGGAUGGAGAUGAAACAGGGUGUUCUAAUGCUGCAAGAGCAUUACCGCGCCAUUAUGCAAUUCAGUAUUCCCAAGGAGAAUGGGCCCGCUGAAAAACCUCCAUCCCAUAAAGCUUCUUCCGACUGGUUUUGCAUUAAGUGUGGCGCCCAGAACUUCAAGAGAAGAGACAACUGCUUCAAAUGUCACGCCUCGAGAACGGAAAGUGAAGAAGGAGGUAGCGGGAGUGACGAAAUUUGCAGUUACGCGACUAAAACAAUUAUGUUAAGAAAUCUGGAUGCGCUGUCGACUGAAGACUCUGUAAUGCAAGUAUUAAACACCGUUAUCCCGGACCUAGUUAAAUCCAUAUCGGCAGUAUGCAUCGGUCGUGAUCCGCUAACAUCUACAUCUAGAGGCAUCUGCUAUCUAGGUACAGAAAGUACCAUAGAUGCUCUAGCAAUAUUUGGGGCGUUGAGUAACGUCAAGAAACUUACAAUCGAUGGCAAAUCCGUGAUACUCUCGUACUGUAAAUACAACAUGGGAGACACGAAGAAAGCGUAUUCUACCGCAGACCAAGCAGCUUUUCCUAACGCUGCAGUGCCGGCUACUUACGCGAUGACCGAUGUCGAUAGUUUAGCGGAAUAUGCUGCAAGACGUUAUGCUAAAACGCCUGAAGAAUAUGUUCACUAUAUUGAAUAUUAUCGGCAGUAUUUUACUCAACAAAUUAGCGCAGGAAACUCCAUCACGUUGCACAAUGAAAAUCAAAUGGAUGCGGCUAACGCCGCUGCCGCCGUAGCUCAGUCAGCGAUACAACAAAUGCACGCCAGCAAAUCCUUUUACGAUAACACACAUUUAGCGAUUCCAACCGGCACCGACGGCAAAAAAUAUCCGGUACCGGAUGUGUCUAAAUACGUGUAUGACAAAUCAACGGGGUAUAAAUACGAUCCCACGACCGGUUUAUAUUACGACCCCAAUUCCACAUACUACUGGAACAGCGUCAUACAAAAAUAUUUAUUCUGGGACCACGACAAGAGUACAUAUUCUCUUGCUCCAUCAUAUAAUCCAAAUAGUUCUCAGCAACUCCCUAGUAACCCUACUGGCAAUAGUCAGGAACCGGAAGCUAAGAAAUUCAAACCGGAAAAACAGGACAAGGUGAAAGUGGCGAAGAAAAUCGCGAAAGAUAUGGAACGUUGGGCAAAAACAUUGAACCAAAAGAAAGAAUCUAUAAACACUCGAUCGAAUUCGGACUUCAACAUGACGCUGAGUAGUGCGUCAGCGGAUAUAGGAUUUUCCGUAUUGGAAAAAAAAGCUGCAGCGGUUGCCCUGCCAGUUUCUUCCUACAAAACUGAAGUACAAGAAGAAAUGUCGGUGCCACAAGCGCCCUUAGUUGCCGCCUACGGAGGUGAAAGCGACUCUUCUGCCGAUGACGAUGAAGAACUGCUGGAUUUCACUAAACUGAUAUGUAAUUUGUGCAAGCGUCAACUUGGUUCAGUUGAAGCUCUACAGAAACACGCCAAAAUGUCCGCAUUGCAUAAGCAAAAUUUGGAAGCACGUCGGAAAAAGAAAUCCGAUCAGUCUAAUAGCGGGGGGAAGAUUGUAUAUAGAGAUAGAGCAAAGGAAAGGCGUAUGAAAUACGGAGACCCCGAUGAACCGCAACCGAGUAAGCUGAAAGAAAAAUAUUUGAAAGCUUUAAGUGCGGAUAUGCCGGCUACGUCGGCAUCAGUCGUCGAACCCAUCGGUUCAGAAAAUGUAGGCAACAGAUUGCUUCAGAAAAUGGGGUGGACCGAAGGGCAAGGUUUAGGAAAACUUAACCAAGGAAGAACAACGAUCAUUCAGGCUGAGCAGUAUGGCAGUUCAGUGGGUUUGGGAAACAAGAUGCCCGGCUAUACUGCGGUGGCCGGUGAGUCCUAUAAAGACUGUGUAAAGAAAAUGAUGUACGCAAGAUACCAAGAACUUACUGAACGUGAACACGGUCAUUAAAUUUGACCCAUAAGUUUGGUAGCAGUGCCAAGGAAAUUUAUACUAUUAUUAUUACCUUAGGCGUUAUCCCAUGCAGAGAUCAUUAUUUAUGUCGUUACUUAUUAGUAAGGAGCUCUGUAUUCAUUUCACAUAAAUUACUUCCUACUGUUAUAUUCUGAGUUUUAAGUUUAUUAUUUCAGUUGGAAUGAAUAUGGUGCUCCAGCACUAAUUGACACGCCUUAUGUAUUUCAUGAUUCCUUUCUAUUAUGGUCAUAUAUUUUGAAAACGACAUCUUUUUAAAUUGACGAUUGUUUUGUUUAUAAUAAAUUAGUUACAUACAAUUUUUUUUGUUUUUUUGUCUUUGGUGUACCCUUAUUCUAAUGUUAUGGUUUUUAACGCAAGGAUAUAGCUAUAUCAAUAUGUACAUUGUUAUUCACUCUACAUGGUACUCAAUAC